GUUGCUGUUGUGAAUAAUAAAUACCGGGAGGACAAUACAAAGUCGUUCGAGCAGUCAGUUCGAAAUUGGCUCGUUUACGUACAUCAUCAGCUAGGAUUAUCGUGCUGUAGAAAGUGAUCGAAAGUGCUUGAAAAUGAGCACGGAAAAAUUUGCAAAAGAGUUUACGAGUCUACUCAUUCGUUACACGAAAACUUCUUCACCGCAUAACGAUUUAUCGAAUACUAUUAUACCUUUAAGUGAGGAGCAAAUAGUAUUCAUCAUACAUCAUGUGCUUAAGGCACUCAAGAUGAAGAGCUUCGAUGAUAACAAUAAUCUGUCAAAAAUAUCCAAUGGCGUAAGCACUCUUAUCACUCCAGAAACUUCGACCGGAAAGAUCAAAAUUGUUGAACUUAUAGAAGUUGAGGAUACGUGCAGCUCUCAAGAUGUUCAAUCUCUUGCUACGGAUGAUGAUUCUUCUAUUUCUGACUACACAUCGCUAAAAGCUAUUCAAAAACAACAAGAGAAUUCUUUCAAUACUUUGCAAAAUGAAAAAAAGUUUAUUUCACGAUCGAAUCCAACGAUCUGCGUUAACGUUAGCAGAUCCGAUACUUUUGUUCGCGAGGAAAAGGACACUGAAGACCAGAAGAACUCUGAAGACCAUGAUUCUUUUAAAAGUAGUGACUUGGUGGGAGACAGUGUUGAAACAGAUUUAUCACAUGAUCUUUUUCAAGAAUCACUGAACGAAAUACGAAAGUCUGCUAUGGACAUUGUGGCAAAGCUAAAUUAUUUAGAACAAUCAUUCCCGCAAUCAAGAAUAGUUACGCCAAAAGUUCAGCAAACACCUUUAAUUUUUGGCUAUUCUAAUUCUUAUCGCACUUCAACUGCGAAUAAAACAAGAGUGUCAACUAAUAUUCGCAGGUCAAGUACCGUUUUUCCUAAAACACCAACGUCCUCUAAAUUGUUCGUAACAGAAAAGGGCAAUGGUUCCGAGAGACGUAAAAGUACUGGCGCAAUCGGAUCUAACGCUUCUGGAUUUACUGGAAAAUCUAGCGAAUCCACAAAAGUAGGUCCCUCGAUAUCAAAUCUAACUUUGUCACCAAAUAACAAGGCAUCACCAUGUAACAAGACAUCACCAAGUUCAUCCGAAUUUCGACCUAAGUUUACGAAAAAUCCGAAAUACGCUCAUGUACGAAGCACCAUACCAAAAGCAAUUAGUCAAAGGAAAAAGAUACAAUAAUUAUAAUGAAGUCAGGAUAAAGUAAUACGGUAAAAUGAUUAUAUAUUUAAUGAGAAACAAUUUUGAAGUAUAUUUUAAGUACAUUACGCGUUACAUUAUACCGUCAAAGAUCAUGUAUACAUGUAUGUAUUUGCUUAAUGACUUGUCUACAUAUUUAACAUAUUUAAAGAAUUUUUAAAAUUAAUUUUAUUACUUAUACAUAUAUUUUUUACUUGUACAUACAUGAAACUUAUUAUUUACACAUUUAUGGAACUUUUUUGUGAUGAAUUUGUAAGACUUGUAAAAAUUGACGAAGCAGUAUGUACUUUUCGAAUACCUAAGAAUUGCCUUUUGUUAUUAAUGUAAAUUUUUACAAAUUAUGAGUUCGUUAUAUUUAAAUUUCAUAAAUAUAAAUGUAAGUCAUUAAGCAAAUACACUUAUGCGUGAUGUUUGGCAGUCUGGUGUAGCGCGUGAAUUUGUCUGCCUUAGGCUAUACACUCCGAAAUGCUUUCUCAUGCUCCUUUUGCUAACCGAACACCUUGCAUAGCCUAAAUACAGCGGCCGUGCGAGAAUGGGAGCAUUGGAAAUGCAACGGAAAUUAUUAAUCUGAUCUUCGUUGUUUGAUCUGAGUUUGAUCUUUGAGUCACACGUAAUUUGAUUUAAAACACCGCCGCGAGCGAAUAAUUUCUGCAUGAAUUUCUGCAAUGUAAUUGUUCAAUUUGAAAUUUACCUCGCCCUACAUAAUUUUCAUUUUAUACGAGAAAAAAUGUAAAAAAAAUACAAUUAUUUUAUGUUCAUAUAUUAGCGAAGAAUUAUUGAAAUGUUCUUAAUAUUUUAAAUUUGUUAUUUUUGCUGAUUUAGACGAAGUUGUACUUUGGAGAAUCAAUUAAAGCUUUUAAUUAAAAUAUAAAAUUAAUUUA